GGGCUAAUUGUUCCAAAGCAAUUUAUACGGGGCGACUAACCCAAUAUCUGAGUGGAACACAGGUUAUACAAACAAACUCGGCUACUAUCUUUUGUGAGGUUGCUCUGGAGUAAAUACUUCUGGAGAACUCCAAGAAUCGCUCAAUAUUUCAAAACAAGCUGGAUGAAGAACUAUAUAUAUAUUUAGUUUAUAAUCAAAUAUAAAUAUAAGUAAUGGAUAGAAUAAAUGUUCUUAGAUAAUCCUUCUGCUUUUUUAAAUAAUUGACUUAAUACAUGUAAUAAGUUGCAUUCUUGAUUAUGGUAAACGGGAGAUAUUUGCAAACGGAAAAAUAAUCCGGAUAUUUAUUAAUAAAAUACUAUUUUGUAAAAGUGAACGUGCUAUGAAAAGGACACUAUUCCGGCUUCUUUCGGACUUUAAUUAUUUUGCAAAGAUGCCCUUGCGGUGAUUAGGACAAGCUUCAAUGUUAACAGUUUAAAGUUGCAGAACCAAAGAUGACUGUCUGGAAACUUUUUUUUGUUUGUGCAUUUUUAGACAGUUGCUCGGGCUCUGGUUAUUUUGAAAUUCAAAUAAUAUCUAUUGAAAACAUUCGAGGGGAGCUGACAAAUGGCACGUGUUGUGGUGCACGUAUCGAUACAUAUAGUAACAGCACUUGCAGUGGGGAGUGCGAAACCUAUCUUCAGAUAUGUCUAAAACAGUAUCAAGCACAGGUCACUAUAGGCGGACAUUGUACGUUUGGAAAUCGAACCACCCCUGUCCUUGGUGGAAACUCCUUUAGAUAUGCAGCAGGCGUGCCGGCAGCCCCCGUCAAAUUACCUUUCCAAUUUUCAUGGACGAGAUCAUAUACCAUCAUCGUCACAGCCUUUGAUAAAAGACAACGAUAUUCAGCUGAGCGGGUGAUUGAAAGAUCCGCACACUCGGGUAUCAUUUUACCCGGUCCAUCCUGGCACACACUCACACAUAACGGACCGACUGCCACACUUGUCUACAGGAUACGUGUAAAGUGUGACGAACAUUACUACAAUACCACGUGCUCGAAGUUCUGUCGUCCUAGGAAUGAUCGUCUCGGACAUUACACUUGCAAUGUAAAUGGCGACAACGUGUGCUUGCAAGGCUGGCUCGGCUCAGAAUGUGAUAUUGCCAUUUGUAAGACGGGAUGUCAUGCAAUCCACGGAUCCUGUGAUCGACCCGGCGAAUGCAGGUGUGGGUUUGGCUGGCAGGGCCCAUUGUGUGACAGAUGUAUACCAUAUCCCGGGUGUAAACACGGUACAUGUAAAGAUUCCCCUUGGACGUGUGAUUGUGACCUAAACUGGGGCGGCAUCCUAUGUGACAAAGAUUUGAACACUUGUCGUCACAAACCAUGUCUGAACAAUGGAUUGUGCGUAAAUAAUGAACCGGACAAUUAUACAUGUGUCUGCAACAAGGGCUUUUCUGGAAGAAAUUGUGAAAUUGUUGAUGAUCCAUGUUCCUCAAGUCCAUGCAGCCAUGCUGGGACCUGCCUUCACUCCUCUCAUGGUUUUAUCUGUAACUGUGCGCCUGGAUGGACAGGAGUCACGUGUAACCUUGAAAUAAACGAAUGCGCGUCGGAUCCAUGUUUGAACCAAGGUACCUGUUUUGACCGCGUGAACGGAUUCGAAUGUCUGUGUGCAUCUGGCUGGCAGGGGCCACAGUGCCAGCUAAACACUGAUGAAUGCACUGGACGACCAUGUGUUCACGCACACACCUGUAAAGAUCUGCUAGGAGACUACCAGUGUAUAUGCCAGAAUGGUUGGACUGGAAAAGAUUGUAAUAUUAAUGUCCAAGACUGUCAUGGACAGUGCCAUAAUGGAGGAAAGUGCAUCGAUCUUGUAGAUGGAUAUUACUGUCUUUGUCUGCCUGGAUUUGAGGGUCAGGACUGCCAGCACGAAAUUCACGAGUGCGACAGCAGUCCAUGUCAUAAUGGCGCAACUUGCAUUGAUCAUAUAGCCAGCUACACGUGUCAUUGUUCCGAUGGUUAUAGCGGCUACAACUGCCAGAUUGAUAUUGACCCGUGCAGCCCGAAUCCAUGCUAUAAUGGAGCCACGUGCUACGUCACAAAUGACGUAACGGAUGAUUAUUUCUGUUAUUGCACAGAUCCUUUCACUGGGAAAAACUGCCAGCACAGAAAGUCUAUAAUAGCACAAAAUAUUGACAGUUGCACGAUGUCGAUACCGAACAGUCACAUGGUAGGCGGAAUUCAACUUAUAUCUUCCGGGAUUUGCGGUGAGCAUGGAUUGUGUACCAGUAGACCUGGCGGGAGAUUUGACUGCUCAUGCGCAGACGGAUUUACAGGACAGUUCUGUCAUGAGAAUAUCAAUGACUGUUCGAGUUCACCGUGCUACAACUCUGGCACAUGCGUGGAUCUAAUAAACUCGUACCAAUGUAUCUGCGGUGACGGAUGGGAAGGGGCACUCUGCAAUAUUAAUAAAAAUGACUGUGACCCGAAUCCAUGUCGUAACCAUGGUAACUGUAUAGACCUUGUUGCUGGGUACGCCUGUCAGUGCCAGGCUGGGUGGAAAGGAAAGACAUGCACAUUGCGGGAUAGUCAGUGCGAUGUAUUUACGUGUGCAAAUGGAGGCAAAUGUGUGGAUCUUGGUGACACAUUCACGUGUAAAUGUCCUAAAGGCUGGGAAGGUCAUACCUGCCAUACGCCUGUUGGUAGGUCAUGUGACAUAAGCCCAUGUGAAAAUAACAGCACGUGUGUAAACAGUGGUGACAGUUUCACGUGCAUCUGUAGCCUGGGCUUUGAAGGAAGGACGUGCCAGGAAAAUAUCGACGAAUGCAAUCCAUUCCCUUGUUAUAAUGGUGGGAAGUGUGUAGACGGUAUCAACAGGUAUACAUGUGAUUGCCCUGCUGGGUUUUCCGGUCCCGACUGUAGAGUCAAUAUCAAUGAGUGUCUGUCAAACCCGUGCACGUACGGCAGCACGUGUAUAGAUGGGAUAGGAGUGUACAAAUGUAUAUGCCCUAUCGGGAGGUCAGGUGACAAAUGUGAGAAGGUCAGAGGUCACGAACCGGCAGCGCAAUCAUGUGUGUUUAACAGACGUUCUUUCCGGUCUGGACAAACAUGGAAACACGACUGCAAGCUUUACUCUUGUGAUGACGGGGAACUUUCCUAUAAAGAACUUAAGUGUGGUCCAGAAAACUGUGCAACAAUUCCAAACAUUACUAGUCACGUGGUACCGUGUGCAGUGGGCGAGACGUGUGUUAUUCAGAGGCAUGUUACAUGUUUGACGCCACCGUGUCUACCAUGGGGAGAAUGCCAGCCGACAAGUAACACAUUAGCCGCCGCCGCUGUUUCCCCCGAACACUUCUGUUACCAUGAAGGCCAAACGAUGAAAAGAAACUGUGCCAAGAUUACGCUUGUUUUUGAUAAAUCAAAGCUUCCAGUUGGAACAUCGGUGGAAAGCAUUUGUUUAUCAAUUGAAAGGAUUGCCUCGUCGAAACGGAGGAUUAAUUCAUCAACCAUCAAUUUAGCGUGUACAAUGGAUUCAGUGCAGCACAGUUCUAUACAAAUUCUUGCGUCAAUAGAGGAAGAUGGUAAAACUCACUUUGAUGACCAAUUACGAUCAUUUGUCUACAAAAUAACUGCUGUCAUCAGUAGUAGACAGGGUGUAAAUCCAGCUUUGGCAGCAGUGACGGAAGUUAUAGUAGAGACCCCAUUUCCUACAGAUGAUGAUACUGACAAAGAAUUUCUAAUACCACUGCUGUGCUCAAUCAUUGGACUGCUUGGUUGCGUGGCGGUAGUUUUGCUGGUUGUUUGGCAUCGUCGACAGAGUCAGGAUAUCCGACGAUGGACCAAGGCUCCAGAACUCAUUGAAGAAAGAACAAAUAAUGAAAACUUGGAAAACUUCAAAAAUUUAAGACGAUAUAAAAAUCCAUUGUACGAAAAGGACAAAAUGGUUGGAAAUCGCAAUAUUCGGCCGAAACAAUACCGGGAAUUUGAUAAUUACCGACCAUUGGAACCCGAUAUAGAGGGCCAAGAUAAAGGCAACACAAGGCUGCUUAGACAUGAUGAUUUCGUUCCUUCAGGAGCGAACGAGUGGUCAGAGUGCAUUCAGUCAAAGGCUAGAGUGAAGGAUAUUAACAUUGAACUGCAGAAGUCUAGAUUUAGACCAAACACAAGCGCUUUUGGGAACCUCGUGCAAGGAAUUGAACUCGAUGAAAAUGAAGUAAUUGUGUAACUUUCUGUCUCACUAGCGAGGUUUAAAAUGAAGAUAAUUACAAGAUGUAGAAAGGAAGUCUUGUAUGAAGUGGAAUACUGAUUGAACUAUCCUGUAAUUAUGGCAAAAUACAUUACUUUAGCAGAAGUAUAUUUAGACAACUGUAAGAAUAGUUUGGAAAUUACCGUGAUUGAGUAUUCUACGAAAUGAAGACGAAAGGAUUUCGGCUUCAGAACACAUACAUGUAUGGAACAUUGGAAGCUAUUUAUAGAUUGCCAUUUACUCUUUUGAUACUUUUCAUUGUAUGUCCUAGGUAACAAACGAGUUGAAUUGAACUACAGUACAUAUUUACAACACUGGCUGUAACAUAUUGAGGGAAAGAGGAGAUCAGUGUGCUUUUAGUUGGGUUUGCAAAUGCGUUAUUGGAGUCAGAAGUGACAAAAAGAAACUAGAGGAAAUCAGUCUUCUACUGAAAUUUCUACUAACAAAGACAUGUCUAGGUACUGAUAUUGAGUAUUUCUUUACACAUGGUAUCUUAUUGACUUUUAGAUUUAGUUAGUGUUUGUAAUGAAACACAGGCAGCUGAUUCGGUAAGUUGUGAAAUGAGGUUAAUGACAAAGAUAUCCAGUAGCAAACAUGGAAAAUGAAAGCAGUGUAAAUAAUCAAAUAUUUGUAUGCCUUGUGAUUUUGACAUUUCUUUGUUUAUUUAUACUUACAUACUCCAGCUUUAGAAGUUUUGUAUGGAUGAAAAACGUUAACUCUUUGCAGUAAAUGUAGCAACGUGUUUGAGAAAAUGUUUAUUGGCAUGCGAAAGUUAACGCAGAAUCUGCUCAAAAUGUUUAUAUGAAUAGAAGGUCCUCGCAUGUAUCGGUUUAUGUAUUCUACAUAGCGUAUAUAUUGCGGAUUGUACUUUAAUUUAUGAUUACGUUCUUUCCUGGUUGUCCAAUAGCCAUACUGUCGACACUUUCUGCCAGCUAAAUAUGUAUUUUUUUUAGCAUAUUUUUAUAUCCAAGCCAUAAAAAAUGAAGGUAGAAUAUAUUGUUUCUCCUGUCCGUGUGUGUGUUAGGCGGGGUGGGGGAGGGGAGUACGUCCCUGUGUUUGUGUGUGAGAAACUCGUGUUCGGCUUUAAGCAUGUAUAAUUGGAUUUCAAAAUAGUUUUUGUACAAUUACCACUGUAACAAGACAAUGUGUCACGUUACAAUGAUUACAAGACACAAAUCUCUUAACUCUUUUAGAGAUUAGAUAUUUAAGGUCACAGUCUUUUGUCCAGCCUAUAAUUGUUUUAUACUUACAAAUAUUAACCUUAAUUAGAACAUUUCUCACUUGCAGAAUUUUAAGAGUCGACAGUACCUAAUAAAUAUACCGAAACGAUUAAUGUUACUUUUAUACUCUGUAAAUGUACUGUUUAAAUUAUACCUGAACUCUCCGCUGUUAUUAUAGGCCGAUUGUUUUACUAGACAAAAUGUCCGAACCUCAAACUAAUUCCAAUAUGAAGUUUUAUUGCUGGUUUAUAACCUUUAGUUAAGUAUACAAUACAAGAAAAAAGUCCUCAAAAGAAAUCGAAGCCAAACUCUGGAAAUUAUGUGAUAUUUAAGGGCGGCUUCAUUUAGAUUUCAAUUUCACAACGUAUUGCAGAUUUACCUACUAUAAAAUCAAUUAAUCAAAAUAUAAGUAUCAUUUCUUUAUUUACAUGCAUACAUUGCAUAAUAAAACUGUUCAAGAAGCAUUUAUAAGUAAUUGCCGUAACUGGUUAUGAAUUUCGUGCAAAUGUUGAUAACCCAUCUGCAACCCAUCUGCAUUUACAUUGUUAAUACAUUUUGUUUCACGAAUCCCCUAUGAAUGUUUUUUUUUUCUUGUUUCUGACUUUGAGAUACACAUGUUAGGUGUUUAAACAUUAUAACUUUAUUGCCGAUGAGUCUGUUUUAGAAAUAGGUAUAAAUACUUUUAGUUAGAAAUUCUGUUCUGAAUUUUGACACCUAUGUUCUGAAUGUUGACACCCCAAUGUUUUACGACAAAGAUGGUAGGCUACAAAUAAGUGCUAGAGAUCUUGAAAUAUCUUUUUUUACUGAUAUCCAAAGACAACAUUUCGAGGCCUUAGAGGGAAACUGGUCUAUCAGUAUAUAGAAAUAGAAGCAGAUAGACUAGUUUCGCUCAAAGCCCUCGGUUUAUGCUGUAGUUUACCAGUAGAAGAACAACACAGCAUACGGUCAGCAGUAAUGGCCACAUUACGUAUUAGACGUUAGUUCAGAAUUCCAGAUGCAGUAUCUCAAAAAUGUGCCCCGAUAUUUUUUAGCACUUUGUUUUUACUUUUCAUUUCCUUACAUAUUACUUAUUCCACACAAAAAGUUUAUGCUGGAAUUGGUUCAACACAAAAAGUUAAAAUGACAAGCCUAUUAUUUUUAUAUCAAAAUUACAAUGUGUAACAUCUUUUUAUCAGCAUUUUCAGCCUUUCAAAUCUUCGGAGGCUACACUUGUUUUAAUUUUAAAAUUUAUCUUUGGGCAGUAAAGACAAAAAAACACACAAAAGUAUGGAGUUGGUUAUAAUGCACGGAAACCAUUGACAUGUAACGGAGAGACGUGACAUGACGCUAAUAUUGCGUAGGUAGACAACAGGAAAUACCUGCUUGCAUUUGUUCUCAGAAGUUUCGGUACAAACGCGGAAGUAUAUAAAGUUGCUUAAAAUCAUCCACAGGUAUUCCUCUUUGUAAUUAAGCAUCAAUAAAUUUUACAUCUUGCAUUAAGACUGGGAAAUGGCACUAUAUAUUGAGACGUAUAGCACUGAAGCCAUUUGAAGUACCUCAUUUUUACCAAAAUUACAGAAUCUCAGUUCGUUUGUGCGUUUUCGUUUACAGAUAUUACAUUAGUAAAUACAUAAUCAGGCAGCAGCACAUCUGGGAUAUGAAUUAAUAACCCUAUGCUUAUUCCGCUUUUCACCUUUUAUGUAAGCCAGUUGCAGUUUUUAUUUCAUUGCUGCAGUAUACUGGACAUUUUGGUAGCAUAUGCAAUGAUAUAUUUCAGUUAUAGAAGUGUAAACAAAUCUUAUCACGCCCGUAUUUCAGGUUUUUGUAUGAAAGAUGUUCUGUAGUGUUGGCAUGUCAAAGAGAAAAGAACAGUAAGAACAUACAUGGACUUUUAUUUGUGUUCUUUGUUGUUUAAAGGUCAAAGGUCAUUUGAAAGUAUAAAAUCAGCAGCUGUUUUCAAAUGACCUGGUUAUGUGUGAAGCUCCUAGAUUUUUUUCUUUCGAAUUGGUACACUCCAUAUAAACACUCCAUAUAUGUAAAUUGGUGCUAACAUGGUUGAAAUCAAAACAGCUUAGAAAUUCCUUAGGUGAGACAUAUUGCUGGAGAGAAAAAAAUGAAGAUUGUGUGUUACCAUGAAUGUGUUUCAUUACCUAUUCCCAGUUAGCUACACGUGCUUUUUUACAAUAUGAAUAUACUCACUACGUUGCAUUUUAUUUAUCUCAUUAUCUUAUUUGUGUUAUGUGUACAUUGUUUAUAUAUAUAACAUGUGUUAUCACUGUUUGAAAAGUAACAUUGUUCUUGUGCAUCAUUUUAUUUUUAAAUUCUUAUUCAGCAAUUAAAAACGAUUUAUUGG